AGACUAAUUACCCCUAGAAGAUUUCAAAGAAUUAGAGGAUGAGGACAGAUAAACAAGGCAGAGGAACCAUUUCUUAGAAUCUCCAAUGCAAAUGAUACUUAAGUAUCAAAGUUUUGCUCUUAAGGGGUUCACAAAACACUAGAUAUCAGAAAAGCAGAAGAUGUCUCACUUGCAGUGCAUUGAUGCUAGCCAGUAGUGCAUUGGCUUGGCCAACUUCCAUGGAUGUCCCUACCAGCAAAACUUCCCGUAUGGUCAGCGCCAUCAGGAACCUAGUGUGGAAGACAGGUGCUAAUGCUGUCUUCAGGCUAACUUGAUAUGAGAAAUGAUCUGACGUGUUCAGCUAUGCCUUUCUCUUUCUGAUAUGAUCUUCUGACCUAGCUUUUGUUUCUUGUAAAGCUGUGGAUAAACCUUGCCAGACAUU